UGCCUAAUCCAGUAGACCCCCGCCUCAUCCCCAACCCUACUUUGUAAUCCCCAGAUUUUCUCCGCAGCUAAGAACUUAGGGGGGCCGUUAGGGGGAACAGAAGAUCGACCGAAGCGAACAAGGUCUACAGAAUACAAGCGUCAGCUGUCAAUAAGAUACUUGCCGAGAUUUGCCAUUUCUCACUCUCAAAAGAGGAUGAUGUUGGAUAAGUAAUAUAUUUGCGUGGUCCGCCUCGCCCGUGAUUGACAUGCUGACACGUACACGCCGACUAUCGGCCUUGGUCUGCCUCCUGCAUGCGCCACUGGGCGUCAAUAGAAUCAAUGACAGUGAGAGAUUGUGUCGCAUAUUGAAACGAUAGAACGGUGAGACAGUAGCUGAACACAAUGUUCCAGCCAUAUUGUAUGACAGCAUGUGGGGUUUCUCUGACUCCUCUCUUCAGCAAGCCAUGUAGAAUAUCUAUAAACAUUAGAUCCUUCGGUCUGCAUGUCUUAAUCUUUCACCCCAGCCGGCUUUCUCAGAAAGACAUACACUUAUAAUAAUAAUUCCGUCAUACAAACACACACAAUGGCAGCGGCCGUGGUAGAUCAAGGACCCUCGAGUGAACGAGCGGUGCCUGGAUCAGUUAACAUAGCCAUUGCUCCAUGGCCAACAACAGGGAGCCUGAAGGAGGAGACGAUCGAUGCUAAUGCGAUAUCAUCCAAGAUAAUUGAUUCUCUCAACCAGUCGCUACAGAAGCAGGACUACAAGGCCAUUGCAGAUUUAUUCGUCCCUGAUGGGUACUGGCGAGAUCAUCUCGGCCUGACGUGGGAUCUGCGGACCGCCAAAGGCAGAGAGAAGAUCGUGAAGUUGCUCCAGGAGGGCCACCACCUGACCAACGUCGAGAUAGAUCCUUCGACAUCCAACAAGGGCCCGCAGGUAGCAGACUUCAGGUACGACGGCGCCGUUCGCGGUAUCCAAUUCAUCACAACUGUCAACACACAAUUUGGCUCUGGUCAGGGUGUUGUGCGACUCGUGCCAGAAGGCAAGGGAUGGAAGAUCUGGCACUUCUUCACGUCGAUGAAUAAGCUCAAAGAUUAUGAGGAAGCUGUAGGACCUAAUCGUGCCCGUGGAGUACAACAUGGUGCACAAACUGGCAGAAAGAAUUGGCUAGAGCGGAGACGGGAGGAGUCCAAUUUCGAAAACUCAGAACCAGAUGUACUGAUCAUUGGCGCUGGUCAAGCUGGAUUAUCAGUUCACGCUCGGUUAAGAAUGCUGAAUGUGCCGGCACUCACCAUCGACCGAACCGACGAUAUUGGCGAUGCCUGGCGGAAUCGGUAUCAUCAGCUUGUGCUACAUGAUCCGAUUUGGUAUGACCAUAUGCCGUACAUCAAAUUCCCCGAUUUUUGGCCCGUAUUUACGCCCAAGGAUAAGAUGGCGGACUUUCUGAAAGCAUACGCUCACAUGCUGGAGUUAAAUGUGUGGACUAAGACUGAGCUAGAAUCUAGUUCCUGGGAUGACAGCAAGAAACAAUGGACAGUGGUUCUAAAGCGGACCAAGAGCGAUGGUAGCACAGAGACGCGGACACUCCACCCGAAACAUAUCAUUCAAACAACGGGCCACUCAGGCAAGAAGAACUACCCCGAAUUCAAAGGUAUGGAGAACUUCAAGGGAGACAUCCUCUGCCACUCUUCCGAGUUCCACGGGGCGAAGCAAGGCACGAGUGGUCGGAAGGCGGUCGUCAUCGGGUCUUGCAACUCAGCUCUCGACAUCGCGCAAGAUUACUACGAGAACGGCUACGACGUUACCAUCAUACAGCGCUCUUCAACGUGUGUCAUGAGUGUCCCAGCUGUCCUAAACCUUCUCCUGGGACCCCUCUACUACGAAGGUGGCCCACCAGCCGAACACGCUGAUCUGCUUUCUUGGGCCGUGCCUAUGGAGAUUUUCAAGGCCAUUCACGUCGAUAUAAACACUUUACAAGAAGAGAUGGAUAGAGAGGUCCUUGAUGGUCUGAACAAGGCUGGAUUCAAGACGGACCGGGGGCCGAUGAAUGCUGGCCUUUGGUACAAGUACCUACAGCGCGGCGGUGGGUACUAUAUCGACGUCGGGACGUCCCAGCUCAUUAUAGACGGGAAGAUCAAGGUCAAGCAUGGACACGGCGUUGACGAGAUUUUGCCGAACGGCUUGCGGCUUGACGAUGGCACGGAGCUCGAGGCUGAUGAGAUCAUCUGCGCUACUGGAUAUCAGAACAUGAGGACCGUGACAGAGGCUAUCUUCGGUGCAGAUGUGGGAAGCAAAGUUGAUAAUGUCUGGGGGUUCAACGAAGAGGGGGAGACGAGGAUUAUGUGGCGUCAGAGUGGUGUCCCGGGACUUUGGCUUCACGGUGGUAAUCUGGCCAUGUGUCGAUAUUUUUCGAGGGUCGUGGCUCUUCAGGUUAAGGCCCAACUUGAGGGUUUGUCCUCUUGAUUGUACCUACCGCAUAGCCAGGUUCUAUAAUAUUUAUUGAUUUUAUUCACCA